UUGCAGGAACACGCGAUGCUUUUAUUAUCACUCUUUGUGGCUAUGGUGUCAACUUCUUCAAUGUACGACAACUUUAAUACAUACGCAUAUAAGUACGAUAAUCUUCCUACAGCACAACAAAGGUAUCAAAUUAUGCCUUUUCACAUGAGGCACAAUAGAGUCAAUAUUGCAAAAGGAAACAUUCAUAUAAAUAAUAUGAAUGUACGCAAGACCAAACUAGAUCAGUCAAAAGAUAACGAAUUUUCAGAAUCUCAUGUCGUAUAUUUAAAAAAUGGACCUAAAAAUAAGUACGAAUUGCCAAAGAAUUACGGUCAUAAAUUGGAUGGCGGAGGUGAACAAAACAUACACGAUACUAAAAUAUUAGGUCAUCAUGUACACGAGAACAUGCAUAAAACUGUAACGAUUAUAAAGAAAAUCGGGGUACCGUAUCCCAUCGAAAAAACUAUCCCAUAUCCCGUGAUUAAAAAAAUAUCGUAUCCAGUUAAAGUGCCCGUUCCGCAGCCGUAUGCGAUUGAAAAGAAAAUGCUUUAUCCCGUGAAAGUCCUCGUCAAAGUUCCCGUUAAAAUUCCGCGACCAGUACCGGUCAUCAAAAAGAUCCCGUAUCCGAUUAAGGUACCAGUGGAUCGUCCCGUUCCAGUCAAAGUAUAUGUACCAAAACCGUAUCCCAUCGAGAAGAAAAUACAUUACGAAGUAAAGAUCCCGGUACCAAAUCCAUUUCCCAUAGAACGGAAGGUACCGGUACCGGUGAAGAUACCGGUACAUGUACCGGUACACGUACCUCAAUUGUAUCCAGUCGAGAAAGUUGUUCAUUAUCCUGUAAAAAUCGCGGUGGAUAAACCAAUACCGGUUCCGGUACCAAAACCAUAUCCGAUACCGAUCGCGAACCCGGUCCCGUAUCUUGUCGAGAAACCGAUUCCUAUACCGGUCAAAGUGCAUGAAGAGAGGCCGGUAUCAGUCCCGGUGGACAAACCCGUGUUGGUCAAGGUACAGAUUCCCGUACCAGCACCAUAUUCGAUUGAAAAAAAGAUACCGUAUUUUAUAGAAAAAUUCGUACCUGUACCGGUAAAGGUACCAAUGCAGAGGCCUAUACCGAUUGACGUGAGCAAAGCGGUCGAGUAUCACAUCGAAAAACCUAUUCCUUAUCCGAUUAAGAUACCAGUUGCGAUGCCAAUAGAUGAACAGGUGGAUCAUAGGAGUGCAAGAAAUACUAAUUCUAAAAAAUAUGGCCAUUCAUAAAAAUAAAUUAUUCAAUAGACGUUAAUAGAUUUAUAGCUGCUAGAGGCUUUGUGAAUUGAUUAAUUUUUGCCCAAUUCUAGAUACAUUAUUAAUAGUUCUAUAUCCUGUAUUAAAAAUUUGUCUGUAAAUCUUAUGUUCCUUCGAUUAUCAAAUCACAUUAUAUAAUAUUAAAGAAACAUAAAAUUUACAGACAAAUUUUUAAUACAGAAUACAGAACUAUUAA